AUGGCUCUUCUAGACCUUUUCAGCGAAGAUCAAACGAUGCAGGCAAUGGAGAGCAAGAAAUGGACAUACAUUCCGAACCACAAGGAAUGGAUUCCCCGAACCCUGGAGAUAUUGAGAAGAUUGGGAAUCUGCCUCUUACGGAUGAUGCAGGUCAUUUCCUCGUGGGGUCGGAUCGCAAGCCGAGUCGCCUUCAACAAUUUCACGAGACCAGUUGUAGUUGCUGUCCCUGCAUUGUUUAUCGAGUCCUCUACCUCUGUGUCCCUAUCUAUCGGUUAA